UGGGCAGUCAUCGGAAUUUCAAAAACUUUGUAGAUCUCCCCAUUUAUUCCAUCGUCAUUUCACUGUAAGGAAUUCCACAGACAUGCUGCGUAGGUCCUAUCGUUUAGGACUGCUUGCAGGUCCAGGUUCCCACAACACCAUGGGGCUGAAGCGCAUCGCUUGCCAGCCGAUGCUCUGCCGAGAAUUGCACCUGGUUCCCUUCGCCGCGGCCGAAGACAGCAGAACCAAGUUAAAUGGCGCAAAAAACGCCAUGCAAACUGAAGCAGCAACGCGACGGAAGUGGAUGGUUUUGCCCUACGUACGCAACCGUACGUCUGCGACACAUCGUAUGUGGAUCAAUCGGUUUCUCGCUGAAAAGCAACAACAAGCGCUGGAAAAGCGGGCAGAGUCGGGUGAAAGCCAGACCGACAUACCAGUCAUUCUUGAAAAGAAAAUGAAAGACUCUUAUAUUGAGGAAUAUCUUCUUUUCAAAACCGAGCCGGAUGUCAAAGAAGAGUAUCUCAAUGUAUAUGGUGGAAUUCGGAUCGGGAAGAUCCUUGAAGACCUUGAUGCCCUAGCUGGAUCGAUUGGGUACUUGCAUUGUGAUGAUGGGCGAUCAGAGACGAUUCCGUUGACCAUUGUAACAGCGAGUCUUGAUCGCAUUGACAUGUUGGAUGUCAUACCACCUGAUGAAGAUAUUAGGAUUAGUGGCCAUGUCACAUGGGUAGGAACAUCAUCAAUGGAGGUCAGCUGCUGGGUCGAGACAGUGCCAGAGGGAGCCCCGCAGUCAGGUCAAUCCGCGUUUGGAGUUGGCCAACCAUCGGCGGACCAGCGUGUCCCUGGCAAGCCAAUUCUUGCGGCAAAGUUUUCAAUGGUUGCAAGAGAUCCGUACACUGGAAAGGCCGCGGCCAUCAAUCAGUUGAAGCUGGAAACAGAGGAAGAGCGCCGAUUAUUUAAACUGGGAGCUGAGCACAAAGCUCGAAAGGUCGCCGAGAGAAGGUUUGACUUAAGCCUAAUACCCCCAAGUUUUGAAGAGAUGUCCCUGGUACAUGACCUAUAUAAAGAGUACAUCCAAUAUUUGGAUCCAACCUACAACAGGGACAUGCCAGAAGAUGUGAAAUGGAUGAAAGAUACUUUAAAACAAAGCCUCGUUAUGUGCAUGCCUCAAGACCGCAAUAUUCACGGAAACGUAUUUGGUGGCUAUCUGAUCCGUCUCGCAUACGAGUUAGCCCACUCGACUGGUCUCAUCUUUUGCAGAUCACGGAUACACUUUGUUGCCCUCGACGAUAUCAGCUUCCGUAAACCAGUGCACGUUGGAUCACUACUUAGUCUCACGUCUCAAGUAACCUAUUCCUCCGGGUCGCCGUCUCGUAGUUUCCAAGUCAAGGUUCGGGCAGAUGUAUUAGAUCCGAUCAGUGACGAGCAAAGCACCACGAAUACGUUUCAUUUUACGUUCAUGGCCUUAGACGGGGGGUCAGUUCCUCGCGUCAUGCCAAGAUCUUACGAUGAGAGUAUGAGGUACAUCGAGGGCAAGAGAAAAAAGGAGAGGUGGAUGCAAGUGGCGGAGCAUAAUACAAGCAUCUUCGCUGGUGGGGAAGGGGACAGAACAAAGCAGCGAUAAGAGUUCGUUCACUUUAUUCUAUGUAUAAGCAUUACACCAAGUAUAUAUUAUCAAAGAUUCGACUACGGG